AUGGCUGAAACGUCGAACAACGGCACCAUGCCGCCACAAGGACGUGCCAAGAAACAGAAGCACGACACGUCCAGGGAUUCCGCAGAGACAACAUCUUUUGCUUGGGAUAUUGCGGAAGACAAAUCGAUUGCCGAAAGAAUUGCUCUCAAGGAGACCGCAGUUGAGAAUGCCGUGGCUCAUGUGGACCAGCUUACUGACCUCUUGGAACAACACGCGGAUGAUGCCGGCGCGCCUCCCCCCCUCAAGGCAGCACUUAAAUCAUGGAUAGCGGAGGCUGACGAGACACUGCAGAGUCACCGGAAUUUUCAAGUACUUGUAGGCGUCGUGGGCCAGACUGGCGUUGGCAAAACUUCCUUGCUCAAUGCCAUGCUCGGCGAGUACGAGCUGUUGCCUUCGGGACACGAAAGAGCCGCAACGGCAGUGUGCUGCAAGGUUGCAUGGAACUACGACAUGGAGCCCGGCCAUGAGUGUCGCGCCGAAGUCUUCUUCCAGGACCUGAGCGAGAUCAAACUGCAGAUCCUCGGCACUCUACAGGCAAUCAAGAGCAUGGUCUCGAUAGCUAACGACACCAGCUACUUAAAGGAGGACGAGCGAAUCAAUGAUACAGCAGUGGCCGCAGCCGAGGCCAAGCACGGCAUGGACAAAAUCCGCGCAGUAUGGAACCUGGAUGAGGCCGAUAUUCGACGCUCUGUCCUGGCUUGCGGCAACGAGGAGAAGCUCGCCGACAUGGCUCAGACGAUCCUACAAACAAACCCAAGCCUCAUCAAUGUCCUCAAGACACGACAAAUCGAGUUGAGAGGUGCGACUGGUGAGGACUUGGCCAAACAGAUCAAACCGUACCUCGACGCGACUACGUCGGUCCUGGGCGGCAGCGAUAUAGCCAUGUGGCCGCUCAUCUGCAAUGUCAACGUCUAUAUACGGAGCGAGAUCUUACGCCACGGAAUCUGUCUUGUUGACCUUCCUGGAGUCGGCGAUGCGGUAGAGAGCCGCGUCAAAGUUGCCAGUGACUUCCACAAAAAGCUCGAGGUCACAAUGAUUGUCGCUGCUAUCCAGCGAGCGGCCGACGAGAGAACAACGCUGAGGCUUUUGAAUGACUCUCAAGAGAUGCGAGCGCGUCUGACGGCUGGAACAAACCAGCAUGCGUUCGGUGUUGUGCUGACCAAGAUGGACGACCUGGACAUCAAUUCAUACGUCAAGAGGUCAAGGGCAGCCGAGCACGACCACUAUGUCCAAAAGCACAUGGCAGACAUGAAAGCUGCCCAAGAAAAGAUUGCCAGUAUUAUAGGGAGCGAGAAGUUCAUCGAGAAGGCAAACAAAAGGCUCGCAUCUCAGCUCAAGAAGCUGAAAAGGAAGCUCAAGACAGACGCAGGCACGGCCAAUGGCGGUGCCACCGACAAGGAGAUCAAGGGGGUCAAGUCUACAAUCGAAUCUGGAGAGCACCAAAUUGGGAGUCUUCGAGAGGACGCAAAACCCUUUCAGGGUAUCGUUGACAAUGCGAUGCUGCAUCUGCGCCAUUGGGCGACAGUAACGCGAAACACCGCCGUCGCUGAGAGAAUGCAGGAAGGCUUUGUGCGUCGACAACGCCGGACCACGGUGGACGGCGACCUUGAAGAGCCAGAACACGUGAGCACCCUGGCCGUUCACGCCACAAGUUCCCAGGCGUUCUGGAGACUGCGCAACGGCAAUGACAGCAACCUGUCUUUUCCGACGGAGAGGUACACAGGCGUCCCCCAGAUGAUCCAGUGGAUCUGUAAAGCGACGGCGGAGCGCCGAGAGAAGCAUCUGGACGUGACAAUUCAGCGCCUGCUCCAGUGCAUGAAUAGCAUUGACAAUUGGUCCAAGACUUGCCAAUCGGACUUGCGCAUCAACGUCGACUACAAAGGACUCCAAGAAGCUCUGAAGCAAGAGGGCAAGCAACUGCUGGCUGAUAGUGCCAAGGAACUGCGCGAACUCUUUGCAGAGAUAACAAGUGUUGAUCCCUUUGAGAAUUUGGCAACAGCCAAGAGGAAGUUCCGACCCCGUGCGAAGAUCAUCGCAAGCCGAUGGCACCUGAAGUUUCCUGAAGACGAGACAUCUAAAGUGACACUGCGCUGGAACUCAUAUCUGGCGGUGGUGAAGCGGAAGGGGGGUCCAUACUCCCCAGCCGCGAACCCAGACAUUGAGUACGACUGGAUACCCAAGCUGUAUCGACCCAUCAUUCUUGACAUGUCAGCCAGUAUCAACCACAGUGUCAACACCAAGAUCCCCGCCCUCUGGGAUAAGCGCAAAGCCAACGUCAAGCAGGCCCUCGAAGCACACUUCAAAAAGCUGACAGAGGUUGCGCAGUCAUUUGACGCGACACUCUCGCAUCACCUAGACGAGCGAAAGUCGGACGUCGUGACAAACCGCAAGUUGAUCUUCUCACAGAUCACCCAGAGACUCGAUGCAUUCCGGCAGAGCGUGGAUGUGCUGGGUGCUGCGCAUGCUUACAUUUUCGGACUUCUGAGAAAGUGCUUCGAGUACAUGGAAACGGAGAUUACAGGGCAAAAAUCCUAUCUGCGCCGUCGUGAGUAUGUCGAGCAAUUUGUCGGUAGACGCGCGACCGACAUCUUCAAUGGCACCGUCAAGGCCAUGAGCGACGACUACAAGAAGAAGAAGAAGGUGCUGAAGAGCGACUUGGAGCAACUCGCCGAUGAAUUGGUCAAGCGAGUCUCCACGGGCGUCUUCCUGUUCAUCGACAACCUUCUCGGCGACUGCACGACCUCGGACAAGCUCACCGUGCAGUCUCGUGUCCAGGACACACUCGCCGCCUGGAGGAAGGACUGGCAAUCUCCCAAAGUCGCCGAGCACAUGCUUUUGAAAGAUGUCAGAAUCCCCCCUGAGCUUCUCGAGGAGGACUUGAAAGCGCGAAAGGCCGCAGCCAGGAAGAAGAAGAAUGACGAGGAUGACUCGGACGAUGAUGACAGCAGUGACGAAAGCAGUGACGAAAGCAGUGACGAUGAGUCAGACGAGACAGCCAAAGUCAAGACGGAAGGGGAUACGAAUAAUGAGUGA